GUUUUCUCUUCACCUAAUAACUCCACUGUGUGUGCAUGAAAAAACAUAACCGGGUAACAAAAUGAGUGCUGAAGAAAAACAGGAAGCACCAGAUGCUAUGAAUCUAGAGGAGAGAAUUUUGGAAUUGUGCAAACAAAAUCCAGAUGGCAUUGCAGACUCGACUCUUCAGAAGGAGUUACCCAAUGUUGAUACUCGGCAGAGAGUAUCAGCUGUCAACAGACUUCUUUCUUCGGGUAAAAUAGACUUAGUGAAGACAAGCAAUGAACUGGUAUACCGUUUAAAGGAUCCUGGUGUUGUGAGUAAAAUCAAAGGAGCAGACAAUCAAGAGCGGCUGGUGUAUCAGAUCAUUGAGCAAUCGGGAAACAAAGGAAUAUGGACCAGAGACAUCAGGCUGAAGAGCAAUCUACAGCUUACUCAACUCAACAAGAUCUUGAAGAAUCUGGAGAGCAGGAAACUCAUCAAGGCUGUCAAGUCUGUUGGGGCAGCAAGGAAAAAGGCUUACAUGCUGUUUAAUUUGACCCCUGACCCUUCUGUGACUGGUGGAACAUGGUAUAGCGAUCAGGAGUUUGAGUCAGAAUUUGUUGAAGUCCUGAACCAACAGUGUUUCAAGUUUCUACAACAAAAGGUUGAAAGUGUUUCAGCACUUCAGCUUGACCCCCUAUUGAAGAGAAACAGAUCAUUUGUUUCACCUGAAGAGGUCUGGAAAUUCAUCACUGAACUACGGAUCAGCAAGGUUGAUUUAUCAGUUGAUGAUAUCAAUACCAUUCUAAACACACUCAUCUAUGAUGGUAAGGUUGAGAUGACCAUCAGUGCAGGAGCAGGAACAUCAUCAUCAGAUUCAUCCUCUAAGCUCUACCGUGCCAUUCAACCUUUGACCCAACCCACUGGGUUGAUGAGGUCACCUUGUGGAGUUUGUCCAGUCUUCAAUCAAUGUUAUGAGGGUGGAGCCAUAUCACCAUCAACAUGUAUAUACAUGAAAGAAUGGAUGGAUUACUGACAAAUACUGCCUUAGCACCGAAGAGUGACUGACUACAAGCCUUCUCUCAGUCUCUGCUCAUGUAUGAGUUAACAGAAUGUUGAUUAAGGAGAUGAAGAAUUGUGGCUUUUACCAUCUGGUCUGUCACCACGAACAUUUAGAUAUCACUCUUUGCUUGAAUGAAAAUGCAGUUGUGCUGAUGAGGCAUACAUCCCUCAUAUACCUAACUGUUGGGAAACAUGCAGGGCUUAUCUGAGAUAAGAUCUGUUGGAGCCAACAUGUUGCACAACUCAGAAGUAGUAAUUGUGUACACUAAAAAGGACAUGGGUUGUGCGACGGAUGGGAUUUACAACAAAGCAAGCAAUCAAGUUUUUCAGGAUUAAUUUCUUCCUUGCUAUUAAGUUUAUCCACAAUUCUGAGAAAUUAAACUUUUUUUCUUUGUUGGAUUGAGUGUAAAUUAUCUCCAGUGGGAAAAUUCAUAACAAUACGUGUACCUGUUUUAAGUACUGGAUGAAAGAAUGAUCUAUUCUUAGUUCAAUCAUUAAUUUCAUCGUUGCAAUUUUUUGGCAGGGUUUGUUGUCUGCAGCAUAAAAGGCAUUAAUUGUUUAAUUUCUCGGUUUUCAGAAAUUCUAUGGACCCUUUUAAUUUUAAACAAAGCAUGCACACAAAUUUCAGUCUAAGGCUAGGUGAAUGAGGAAAAAAAAGAACUAUACAAAGCCUUCAAGUUAUGUUGAUCAAUGCAAUUUUAAUUGUGACAGGCUCUUAUGUGAUGUUUUAUGACAAACUUAUAGUCAGGUUUAAGAGUUAAUCUCUUAGUCCUUUCAAGGCAGCGAAUUCUCCCGACACUACUUCAGAUUUACGUAUACUGCCAUCUGCUGCUCACAGUGUUCCGAUAUGUCGACAGCCAUGUCCCACGAUACAUUACCAACUGAAGACAUGCGCUUGAUGGUGUUUGGGUCAAUAUGACCAUUGAAAAAUGCCUGGGAGUGAAAUACACUCAUUACGAUCUUCACAAUCUAUUUCACGUGACAAACUGUGGACCAAUCUUGUCCCUUUGAUGCUCCUCAUCGGAAUAAGUUUGGGAGGCAAUGUUUUUAAAGAUGGUAAUUAGUUCUUCCUUUUAGUUUGCAUCUGAUAUGUUAAUUAUGUGAACCAAAAUGAAGAGAGAAACUCUCCUCUUGAUGGUGGUUUUAAACCAUUAGGUUGUUUUGCGAAGUUUGGGAGUUUUCAAAGUAGAAAGCAAGUGUUUUUCAAUAUACGAAAGAAAUGGUUAAUAGGAUCCUGAAAAUAAGCCAACUUUUUACAAUUUCCUCACUUAUAUAAUAUGGAAAAUGACAUGAAAAUGAAAACUGUCAGAUCAUGCAUCUUGUACAGUACACAAAUAGGGCACAACAUAAAACUAGCAACACACAUUGUGUAAGGCUAAAAGUUUUAAAAUGGAUUGACCUUUGAAUCUACAUAAUGAAUGUAACCUUCGUUUUUUGAGCUUGAUAAUGAAGGAGAAAAUAAAUAUUUAUUUUAUCAUAUUAA